UAAUGUGGGAAGGACUUCUGAAAAGAUGGCGGCGUCCUCUUCAGCAGGACGCCUUUUGACUCUUUGCAAGCAGUUUCAAAAUGUCUGUAGGAUAUCUUCUGCGACAAAUGCUAAGCAAUGUACUGCUGCUUUCAGCAAAUACCAGUCUACUCUUUACAGGAAACAGUCUCCACUCGUCGCCCUGUCUCAAUUCAGUCCUUCCAGCUCUGUGGUUCUGUGUCGAGCUCUGCACACCACCAUCAGCAGGAGGGGACUUGAAGAGUUCUUUGACCUUCCUGAGAACUGGGGAGAGGAAACGGUGAAGUCAGGUGCCCCAUGGACCGCCAAACAACUGAGAACAAAGAGCAAUGAAGAUCUACACUCACUUUGGUAUGUGCUGUUGAAAGAAAAGAACAUGUUGCUCACACUUGAGCAGGAAGCAAGAAGGCAAAGGGUUCAGAUGCCAAGUCCAGAAAGAAUAAGGAAGGUUGAGAGGUCAAUGAUCCGACUGGAGACGGUGGUGAACGAGAGAGAGACCGCACUGCGUCUGCUGCAGACAGGACAGGAGAAAGGCAGACCUGGAGCCUGGAGGAGGAACAUAUUUGGACACGCCUACUGGUAUCGAUUCAAGGAGUAUGCUAUUCCUUGGUAUAUGAAUAAGAGGUACAAGCAAAAGAGGUUCUUCACACCCAAGUUUGUCCAACCACACAUAAGGCUGCGCAUUGAGAAGCAUCUUCGAGAGAAGGUCCGGAAAGCCAAUUUAAAGAAGCAAACUCAGGCCAAACUGGAGGAGAGGUUUCCUCACAUGAAAGCUCUUAAGUCGUGAAAAUUUAAGUGCAGUUCACAUGUGGCGUUUUUAACAACUUGAGUCUGACAUCUGGACAAAAGGCCUUCUCCACAUGUCAUCAGCAGAUAAUGUUAGUGAGGGUCUGAAACUGUUGUCCUGUCUAGAUUUUGAUGUGGAGUCUGUGCAGCUGUUAUUUGAUCCUGUAAGAUAAAUUAUACUUCAUUACCUUUGAA